AUGGACACCACGGAAUUUGUAAUACCGCUUUUUUCACCAAAUAUUACUGAAAUAAAUUUUGGGAUCUUCGACCUGUGGCUCCGAGGGCACAAUGAAUUCGAAGUGCUGUGUAUGCUGCAGAACAACUUCUAUGCCAACUUGAUCAAACGAAAGAACGAGUUGAACAACGCAGCCGAUGACGAUGUUGAUGGCGACGGCGACGCUGUAGAGGGGAAAACAACGAACAAAGAAAGGAGCGACCAUGUGAUUAGCAAGGAAGUGGACAAUGCGGUUAGAGAGAAAUACAAAGACAAUGUUUUUUUUGUAAAAAACAGAAUUAUGAAUAUGUUUAACAUGGAAAAUAAGGAAAGCGAUUACAUAGGCAGGAACAUUUUGUUCGACCAUUUUUUAUGUUUAUACAUAAAACAGCAGUUUUACAUUUUUAACAUUUUGUCCCAUCAUUUGACCAAUUUGGAUUUGCGUUUCUCCAAUUUUUACAUCCCGAUAAGCAAAAAUAAAGCGCUAAAAUUGAUAAAAAAUUAUUACAAUAUUGACUUCAAUUUGGAGAAGGAAAUUAUAAAAUAUAAAAGCAUUAACAACAUCUCAAAGUACACGAACGAGAUUGUUAAAAUCACCAACAUACACAAAAUAUCAGUCAAAAGACAAAUAGAAAAUAUAAAAAAUAUGUGGAAAUACGUAAUAAAUAUUUACGAAAGAAGAAAUGUAAAUAUAAGUACGUUGUAUAAGAAAAGACGGAUAAGUGUUAAGAAUGUAUUAAAAUUCCUUAAAAAGAAUUUCCAACUUUAUAAAUUUUUUAUGAAAAAGGAAACUGUGUUGGAUACGCAUAAUAAGGAUGGUUAUUAUCGAAAUAAAUCAUUUUUAUUUAAAAAAAAAAAAAAGAAAAGGAAAGGAAAAGGAAAAGGAAAGAAAAAUGCACAAAAUAACACCAAUUCGAAGAAUGAAUAUCUUCAAUAUAAUAUAAUUAAAACUUUGGAAAAUCUUGUUGGCAUUUAUUUAGCCAAGAGGUACUUUCGCCUCUACUGGAUUAUAUCCUAUCAUAUCGAGGUACCAAAAAAGGUGAACAUUCCGUACCCUUAUUUUAACAACAUCAUUUUGUUGUUAUUGGAGAAGUUACAAAUUAAUGAUUUGAUUUUGUCUAAGGAGUAUAUAAAUAUUAGUAAAGGGAUAUACAGCACCUUCAAGAGCAACAAGAAUAUGGACGCGCUGAAGAGUAGGUUAUGUGGCCUUGCAGACAUUAACAGCUCGCUGCGCACCAAGAUCCUCAUUAGGCUCAAGUGCAUCAUGAACCUGCUCUGCUGCUUUAGGAAUUCCUACGAGAUAACCAAGUUCCUGCUAAUUUUUUAUGAGCUGCAAAAAAACGAACCGUUCACGAACGAGAAGACCUUCAUAAAACAAAACAUCGGCAAUAACAAUUUUGUGAACAGGAUAAUGUGCUUUAUAAAGGAGGCGGAAAAUUAUUCCAAGAGGAAAAAGGCCGAGUAUGAGAACUUAAGGGGAAACGAAAAAACGAACAUUUCGUAG